GGGUCAGAUGCUCCAGGCCUCUAUGAAGAUUCCAGUUAUGGAGACAUUCAAGCAGCAGAAGGUGGAGGACUUCUAUGACAUCGGCGAGGAGCUAGGGAGUGGCCAGUUUGCCAUAGUGAAGAAAUGCCGGGAGAAGAGUACCGGACAGGAGUAUGCAGCCAAGUUCAUCAAGAAACGACAGAGCCGGGCCAGCAGGCGGGGCGUGUGCCGGGAGGAAAUUGAGCGAGAGGUGGGGGUCCUGCGGCAGCUGCUGCACCCCAACAUCAUCACACUGCACGACGUGUACGAGAGCUGCACAGAUGUGGUGCUCAUCCUGGAGCUGGUGUCUGGAGGGGAGCUCUUUGACUUCUUGGCCCAGAAGGAGUCACUCAGUGAGGAGGAGGCCACCAGCUUCAUUAAGCAGAUCCUGGAUGGGGUGAACUACCUUCAUGCCAAGAAAAUCGCCCACUUUGAUCUCAAGCCAGAAAACAUUAUGCUGUUAGACAAGGAUAUUCCCAUCCCACACAUCAAGCUGAUUGAUUUUGGCCUGGCCCAUGAAAUAGAAGAUGGAGUUGAAUUUAAGAACAUUUUUGGGACGCCAGAAUUUGUUGCUCCGGAAAUUGUGAACUAUGAGCCCCUGGGAUUAGAGGCAGACAUGUGGAGCAUAGGCGUCAUCACCUACAUCCUCCUGAGUGGAGCAUCCCCUUUCCUGGGAGACACGAAGCAAGAGACACUGUCAAACAUCACAGCAGUGAGUUACAACUUUGAUGAGGAAUUUUUCAGCCAGACCAGUGAGUUGGCCAAGGACUUCAUCCAGAAGCUGUUGGUGAAAGAAACACGGAAACGCCUCACCAUCCAGGAUGCCCUCAGACACCCCUGGAUCAUGCCGGUGAACAAUCAGCAAGCCAUGGUACGCCGUGAGUCCGUGGUCAACCUAGAGAACUUCAAAAAGCAGUAUGUGCGCCGGCGCUGGAAACUCUCCUUCAGCAUCGUCUCACUGUGUAACCACCUCACCCGCUCCCUCAUGAAGAAGGUGCAUCUGAGACCCAGCGAGGACCUGAGAAAUUGUGAGAGUGACACGGAGGAGGAGAUUGCCAAGAGGAAAGCAUUGCACCCUCGCAGAAGGAGCAGCACCUCCUAAUGGAUCAGAUUCAUGUGGCCUCAGGGAGUC